AUGCCCCCUCCCGUGCAGAUUGCCACCAAACGCGUGGCACAACCACAGCUUGGGGAAAACGGCUACGCAGGCUUCCAACCAGGAAAGACGGAAGUGCUCCCUAAGGGUUGGAACGGUUUCAACGCGAAGGCCCUGGAAAGCGACAUACUCAUUGAACACGAUGUUGAAAUCGUGGUGCGUGACGGUGCACGGCUCUACGUCGACAUUUAUCGGCCCGCCAACAGCAACGACAAGGUCCCUGCAGUGCUCAGCUGGUCAUUCUACGGCAAAAAGUACAGCUCCCUUGACAUGCUGCCUAUGGUAGUGUGGAAGUGCUGCGUGCCUUCGUCCGACCUGAGCGGACUGGAAAAAUUCGAGGGGCUUGAUCCUCAGUACUGGUGCCCAAAGGGCUACGCCAUUAUUAGCGUCGAUACACGCGGUGCUGGUAACAGUGACGGCCAAAUAUGUGUCAUGGGCACGCAAGAUGCCGAAGAUGGCUAUGACGUGGUUGAGGCUAUAGCUCAGAUGGACUGGUGUAAUGGUUCGAUAGGCAUGGCAGGUAAUUCGGCGCUUGCAAUCAGCCAAUGGUUUAUUGCCGCACAGCAGCCCCCGUCAUUGAAAGCAAUUGCUCCCUGGGAUGGUAUGGGUGACUUGUUUCGCGAGCAAUUCUGUCGCGGAGGCUGGUUCUCCAUGAGCAACUUUGAUUUGAUUGGUAAGGCCAUCGUACGAGGCCAGCCAAACUCAGGUCUUGAAGAUUUCGAAGAGAUGUAUCGGAGAUCGAGACUCGCCAAUGCGUACUGGAAUGACAAGAGAGCCGACAUGUCCAAGAUUGAGAUUCCGACCUUCAUCCGGGGCUCAGAUGUCAGCACGAUUCACACCAUGGGGGCAGUUCGUGGGUACAUGCAGGUGCCACACAAGGACAAGUGGAUCUGGUGGGGAAGUAACCAGGAAUGGUUCGAAUUUUACAGUUGUCCGGGAUCUUGGAAGGAGCUACAACGGUUCUUCGAUAGAUAUCUCCGCCGUCUUGACAACGACUGGGAGACGACUCCCAAAGUUCGUUGGUCGAUUCUGCAAUUCGGUGACCGAGCGGCCAUUGACGAUGUCGUGCUAGAGGAUUUCCCUGUUCCUGGGACGCAAUACAAGGAGUUCUUCCUGCACGAGAACAAGCUUCUCGAGGAGCCAUCCGCAACGCACCGGCAAUUGUCAUACGACUCGGAAAAUCGAAACAGCGUUGUUGACUUUACUUACACGUUCGAAGCUGCAUCCAGGCUGGUGGGUCUACCCAAGACUAUCUUGUACGUCUCCGCCGAGGACAGGGACGACUUCACCAUAUUUGUCAUCCUGCGCAAAAAGGACAAGAAUGGUAAAGACCUCAUGCAUCUGAACUUCCCACUCAAGGCAGCUCCUGUAAACUCCAUCAGCGAAAUUCCCGAGAAGGACUACUCCAGUACGAACCUACACCUCGGGUCCGUCGGUAUUCUGCGAGCCUCGCAUCGUGCAAUUGACCAAUCGAAGAGCUUACAUCCACAAUUCCCUUACCAUCCCCACACGAAAGAAGAGAAAAUUGCUCCCGGGACCAUCGUGAGACUGGAGAUUGGAAUUUGGGCCAUGGGAGUGGAUUUUGACGCAGGAGAGUCCAUCAGUCUCAGAGUUGGCGGUCAGUAUCCCAGUAUUAUGGAAUACAAGACGUGGUCCGGCCCCAGACCAGAGCAUGAACUCAAUCGGGGGAAACACACUGUGCAUUUUGGCGGAGACUACUCGAGCUCCGUCAUCUUGCCCUUUAUAUAG